AUGAAGAUACGGGAGCUGGAUGACGGUUCGGAGGAGCUCGAGGGGUGGGAGGCGGUCGAAGCGGAGCCGCGGUCGGCGGAGGCCGACGAGAGCUGGGUGAAGGUGGAGGGGGCGGGGCGUGGCCGCAGCGGCAGCGGCAGCGGCGAGGCGGAUCCCUCGGAGCGGGAGGAGGUAGGGGUCAGCCGCGUCGACGGCGGCGAGGCGGAGCCCUGGGAGCGGGAGGAGGUAGGGGUCAGCCGCGUCGAAGGCGGCGAGGUGGAGCCCUGGGGCUGGGAGUGGGAGUGGGAGGAGGUGGGGGGCAGCUGCGUCAGCGGCGAGCAGGACGGGGUGUGGGGCGUCAGCGGCGAGCCAGACGGGGUGAGGGGCGCCCAUGAGAUGCCCCCGGCGCUUCCCUCCGAGCAGGAGGAGGAGAGGUGCGUCGGCGACGAGAUGGUCUCUGACGGGCGUGAUGAGGUGGGCAGCUUAGGCGUCAAGCGUGCGUUCGUGGAGGUGUUCGCCAGGGCGCUCUUCUAUCCGACGGUGAUGCUCAACUACGGCCGCAGCUUGAUCGAGCCCGACUUCCACUGGUGGGAUCGCAUCGACAAGGAUAUUUGGAUAGGAGCAGUUCCCUUUCCCAGUCACGUGCCACGGUUGAAGAAACUAGGAAUAACUGGGGUUGUCGCAUUGACCGAGCGGUUCGAAACUCUGGUUUCAAAAUUUGCAUAUGAGCUUCAUGGAAUGGAUCACCUCGAGAUUCCCACUACAGAUUACCUCUAUGCUCCCUCAAAAGAAAAUAUCGACAAAGCAUUGGAUUUUAUCCACAGUAACCAGAGUUGA